UCAAGGACUUUCCCGAGCGAACUCUCCGUAAAAUAACUGCUUACCCUCGCAAAACACCGUGAAACAGCAGGCUCUCCCCGCAUUACCUGCGCCUGAGCCCAGGAGACUACCUGACACGAGAGAAAGGGGCUUUAAUUGUACUUUAAAUAGGAAAGUGUGGGAUGUGAUGUUCUUGGUGUAUUGUAGUAACCGGAGUCGGGCUGAUCAUGGAAAACAGGCAGCGAUAAGCAAAUCGUAUCGCUUGUUCUCAAGUUAGACAAAAAACAACUCGAGCGGCGGAGAUAAAUUCCCACCCUUGUAAGGUUCACUUUCAUCCGCUCAUUUAUGGACAACGCGCGUAGCCUGCAGUCUGACUUGAGCAUACGGCGGGACUGGAUAACGCUGUGACGAGCAGAAGGCUGUUCACGUGCAUUUUCGGAAAACUUUCAGUUGACGUUUAUUAAGAGCCGCCUAUGCGUCUCCGGCGUGCGUGAGCGCUCGUUUGAUUAUUUUUGCUUACACUGUCUCGCGCAGCGCAGCUCUUUGGUGUCUGGCUCGAACUUUUCCAAGGAUUUCGUCAAUGAACUUGUUGCGGUGAGUCCCCUUUAAACCAUCACGGCCUGUGUUGUACGCUGUUUGAAGACUAUGGAUGUUCCGGGGGAGGCUUGCGAGUCCCCAGACGCAGUUUUCCACAGAACUUACCAGAGCGUUUUCCAAAACGUGUGCGUCGCGAGAGCGAGCAACGCCGAGAGUUUGGACUUUUCUAGCUCCGAGAAGCGCGGCUGCCUACAGGAGACCGCCUCGACGGAAAAACGUCCAAGCAAGCUGUCCCCCAGCAAGGGAAUAAUAUGCUGCCCCAAGAAAGAGUGCGAGAGUGCGAGUUCAGUGAUGCGGAGUUCAAUAGGAAGUAAAAGCGACACGUCCCUGUCAUGCUCGGGCCGCGCAGACGCCACCGAAAGCAGCGGCAGUCGCGCAGGUUUCCUUCGGGGCGCAGAGAGCGGACAAAAGAGCUGCGCUACGGCUGAAGUUCACUCGCGCCGUGACGCAAGAGUGGCGAGUAGUAGUCGUGCGUGCAACACCACCAGCAGCAGCAGUAGCAUCUCGGAGACAGCGCGAGAGCUGUGCAAAGCUGUGUCCGUAUCUUUGGGCUUAGCUAUGGAGUCCAGCGAACUGGGCGAUGUGGAACCGCACCAUGUGCCGCCGCCCCUGACCACUAAAAGUAGUAGUGAGAGAAUCUAUUUGUUUGGAAUGCCUUUGCUCAACUGCUCAGUGAGUGAACGGGAGGCAGGAGGGAAAGAAAGAGAGUACGCUCUCGCGGCGGGACGAGACAGAGGCGCAGAGCUGCGGGGCAGGGACAGACUGCUCGAGAUGUUUAAAAGUGGCGACCUGGAGCAGCUAGCAGGUGAGGUGACGACCUUGCAGUGCAGCAGCGCGUCUCGAUCACACCUAACCGCGGAUGCGCAGGGUGUACAUGAGUUCGCCAGCGUGUCCGGGGACAUUGCCAACUUGAGUUCAGAAGGUACGACAGGACCGGACAUGGACGAAACGCGAGCGGCUUCGUGCCAGUUCGAACAACUGUUGCCCGUGAGCAUGGCCCAUUUCGUGCAACCGGAGCUCGAAAACGGACCGAGCCAGAGCUUCGCAAAGCCCGCAGAGAUGUCCGGUGAGUUUGCGGGCCCUGUGGAGGAUUACGUUAAUCUGUAUAACGUCAAAAUCAAGGCGGAGAUGAUGCCCCGUGAAUUAAAUGACACUUGGGCGUAUCCGCAUAGGUACGCUGAGGACUGUAACGGCCAGUACGGGUCUCCCAAACAAAGGACCCCAUACGCAUCUGGCCAUGAUACGCAUUUUAUCUGUAACCCCUACGAGUACGGCCGAAACGAGGCUCUGGUUCCACGGGAGCGUCCUCCGCCCGAACAGUGGUACCCCGGCGGGAUGUUGACCCGUCCCCCUUACCCUAACAUGCCCUGCUUAAAAAACGAGAUGGGCAACUGGCUGGAUGUAACAUCAUUAACGGAUGGCAGGUUUGAUGGAGGGAGGAGUGACAUUUUCCCAAUGGAGUUUUUCCUUCCUCCACAAAGGACGUGCCUUAUUUGCUCUGAUGAAGCAUCUGGAUGUCACUAUGGAGCCCUCACUUGUGGAAGCUGCAAAGUGUUCUUUAAGAGAGCUGCUGAGGGGAAGCAGAAGUAUCUCUGCGCUAGCAGGAAUGACUGCACCAUAGAUAAACUGAGGAGGAAGAACUGCCCAUCCUGCCGUCUGAGGAAGUGUUUCGAGGCUGGGAUGACCCUGGGAGCCCGCAAGCUGAGGAAGAUCGGACAGAUGAAAGGUCCAGAGGAGGUUGGCCCUGUUCAGGGCCCAUCAGAGACAAUCCAGUGCCUGUCGCCCAAGCCCAGCCUGACGUUCCACUCACAGUUGAUCUUCCUGAAUAUCCUGGAGUCCAUUGAGCCCGAGGUGGUGAACGCGGGCCAUGAUCAUGCUCAGCCUGACUCGGCAGUUGCUCUCCUCACCAGCCUUAAUGAGUUGGGAGAGAGGCAACUUGUCAAGGUAGUGAAAUGGGCCAAAGGACUUCCAGGUUUCCGUAACCUGCAUGUAGAUGAUCAGAUGACAGUCAUUCAACACACCUGGAUGGGAGUGAUGGUCUUUGCACUGGGUUGGAGGUCCUACAAGAACGCCAACGCGCGGAUGCUGUACUUUGCACCAGACCUGGUCUUCAAUGAUCAUAGGAUGCAUAUCUCCAGUAUGUACGAGCACUGUGUUCAGAUGAAGCACCUCUCGCAGGAGUUUGUGCUGCUGCAGGUCACACAGGAAGAGUUCCUGUGCAUGAAGGCCCUCCUCCUUUUCAGCAUCAUUCCAGUGGAGGGGCUGAAGAGUCAGAAGUAUUUUGAUGAUCUGCGUCUGACAUACAUAAAUGAGCUUGAUCGUUUAAUCAACUAUGGCAGGAAGACCAACUGCGCCAUGCGCUUCCAACAGCUGACCCGACUGAUGGACUCACUGCAACCAAUUGUUCGGAAGUUGCACCAGUUCACCUUUGACCUCUUUGUCCAAGCUCGGUCUCUGCCCACGAAGGUCAGCUUUCCCGAAAUGAUUGCAGAAAUCAUCUCGGUCCAGGUGCCAAAAAUCCUCGCCGGCCUGUCUAAACCAAUCCUGUUCCACAAAUGACAAGACUACACCCCUGAACAACGGAUCCAUACCAACCCUACCCAGGCCAUAUGAGCCGGUCAGUUUGGCCUAAUCCAGUUUGAUCCAGCCUAAACCAGCCUGCAAUGCUUUUAAUCUGGACUUGAAUCAAGCGACGGGACUGAGUGAUACAGAUUUUCUCCCCUUUUUUAUUUAGAAUUUCUCCCCUUCUAUACCUCCCUCCCUUUAUAUAUAUCAGUGUCAUCUCUCUAUCUCUCUCUCUUUGAAAAAUGGCCCUGAAAAGUAGUGGGACCAUUACAUCGUUACAGUUGUCUAUCUUCUCAGCAGAGAUCAUUUGAGCUCAUUUUCUCAAACUGACAGCAUGGUAUCAAGCAGGUUUUGUUCUUUCUUCUUACCAGCAGUUAUCCUUAAAGAGUUGCAAUAUGUUGCCUUGUGGACAGUUAGGAAAAAAAUUAUGACACUGAAUUUUCAUCUGAGCCCUUAAUCAAAAAAAAUAAAUAAAAAAAAUAAGGACACUGCACAGAUCUCUAUCAGAGUCUGGGACCUGGCUCCAAUCUCUAUGCAUCGCAGGAUAAAAGGUUUCAUUUAUUGUCCAUUGACUUGAGAGAUCAGGACAAAGCCAAGCAGCAUGCAUAGUGAAUACAUAAGAAUGUGACAAAAAACCAUGACCGUUUCUUUGCUUCGCUUUUUUACUCUUUUUAGUUAGAACAACACACUUCUAAAUACAGUACUGUAUUACAACAGUAUGGAUUUCAGUACAGCAGGCUGGCUUUCAGUCUCCUCCCUCCUUUAUUAGUUUAUUGAUUGUAAAACAAGCGCUUCAUUCAUUUCUUAUGAAAUGUAGAGGGUCUUUCUAAAAGCUUUUUAAAAGGCAUUUAUCAUUCAUUUGGGGUCAGACAAUUUGUGACUUUAAUUUGAAAAUCGGUCACAGUUGGGGUUUGCCUCUAAUAAGACUGAAACAACAGCACAAUUUUAUACAAACAAACAAAACAAAAACAUCUCGCAGUCAUAAACUUGCCUCGUCCAGACAGCAGACUUUUGUUAAGACGGGGCUCAGUGCCCUCUUGUACAACCUGGAUAUUUUAGAGCAGGUUUUAGAGGAUUUUGUUGACAGUUUGUACAUAAAUACAGCCACGCUUGGGUAAGCACAGGUGAUCUUCAAAUAUAAGGACAUAUAUAAAAAUCUAUGCAUGCUGUCUUCAUAUCCAUCAACAAAACAACAAACAAAUUAUUGCAUGCUAAAGUCCUAGCUAUUCAAACAAACCAAACUGCAUUUCCAGUAAGCUAAAUUGAUAUUGUUAGGAAACGGUAUUGUUUCCCAUAAGGCUCUUAUGAAGUUACUCUCUCUUUCUCUUUCACUAUCCUUAAUGGAAGUUUUGGCAAGGUAAUAUUAUUGUAUACAGGGGUGAACUGACCAUCUGGAUGUUCUAGAGAAGUCCUGGCUGGACUUCUUCAUCCUUCAUUCUCAAAGUAAAAGUGUCAGAUUAAGUGACGUUGACAGCUGACAAAAGGGGGCACUAAUGCAAUCCUUUUUUUUUUGCUUAUAAAAAAGUGAGAGUGGGCUUGUUAUGCCAAGCAAAAGGCGUGAAGAUAAAGGCAGUUGGGAGAAGCUUAAAGGAAAAAAAAGCAAACCGUUAAAUCAGGUUACCGUUGCCCGCCUCUCUCUCUAUACACAGCAUGUAGCCUUUAGCUCUAGAGUCAAAUCCCAGGACAACCCUAGUCCGAGCGUCCACUGCUAUUUAUCACUCCACAUUGUCGCAUUCAUUCAAAAAGAGACAGCAAUGAUUUUACUGCGGGUUACAUUUGAGAGCUAUUGGGUUAGAAAAUCUAGUAAAUUAAAGAGCCUAUAUAAGGUGAUUAGUCUGAUUAAUAUGACACACACACACACACACACACAAUUUGAGACAUAUGAAUAAUCAAAUUGCAGAAUUUUGUUGUUUCAGGUUUCUAGAUUCUAGGUUUAUGUUUAUCAUUGUCAUAUACAUUUAGCAUUCUGCUUUUUUUAUGUAGAUUUCAAAUAUUUUAGUUCAUACAAUAAUACAUUUAUUUCAAUCCUCUGUAGAAAAAAAAAGAAAUAGAAACCAUCACGUAAUUUGUAAUGAUUGUUCUGGUUAUUAUGAAAAUUGUAUUGGUUUUUAAUGGAAACUGUAAUGGUGCCUGUUGGUCUCUACUGGUAAUUGGUCACCUUCUAUUCAUUACUUUUGUUAAAGCCACUGAAUCUUAAUGUAAUAUGUCCCAAAACACACUACAGGAAACCAUUAUUUAAUGGUUUUAAUUGUUAAAAGUUGAUGGUUUGUAAUGUUUGUAAUGGUAUUUGUAGUGGGAAUCAUUCAAAUUUCAGUGAUGGUUUCUAUUGUUUUUUGUCAGCAGGGUCACCAUGGGUUUCGUGAUGUUAUUUGCCAUAAAUGCGAUAGGAUUGCUGUAAUAUUGUGAGAUAGUAAUGACUUUGUAGUUGUGGUGGGCCUAUUUGGGAGAAAAUCCAGGGCUGUUUUUUACUCCCAGUCCAUCCCUUCUUGUAUAUACAGUAUAUGUAAAGGUUAAGCGUGGUUCUUUUCAACCUUUCAAUGUGCUAAUUUAUGGAUGUAGGCAAUAGUUUUACAGUACAGUUUCCUCUCUUUCCUUUAUAACAAGAGAUUUGUAUUUCUCCCCGCUAGCAAUAAAUAAUCACAUGCUUAAGACACUCUUUUAACAAGCUUUUUUAGAAUACCAAAACAUGCUUCAAAUGGUGCACAGCUUAAAAAAAAAAAAAAAAAAGAAGAAAAAAAAAGAAAAUGAGCUUUGUGUAGCCAAUGUGCUGACAUGGGACAGAACUGUUUUUUUUUUUCUCAGAAACUCAUACCAAAUAUCUUAAUCACCAUCAGCUCUUUCAAAUCAACUACAAGUGGUGCUAAAGCUGUCCUUUAACACCCUCAAGGGUUUUAACAAGAUAGUUCACCCAAAAAUGAAAGUUUUCAUUUACUCAACCUCAAGUUGUUUCAAACCUUUAUGAGUGCUUUAUUCUGAAAGGAACAUAUUUUGAAGACUGUUAGUAACUGAACAGUUCCUUGUAACCAAUAAGUUGCAUAUAUGGUAAAAAUGCUAUAUUAGCUUUUAGGUAAACAGCAUUUUAUUUAUUUAUUUAUUUAUUUUUAUAAUUUCUUAUUCAAUAUUUGGUAGAAAAUGGGGGGGGGGGGUGGGGGGCUCUUACAGGUUUGGAACAACUUGAGGGAUUAUUUUCGGAUGAGCCAUGGCUUUCAAUGAGACAAAAGACAAAAAAAAAAAAACGGCUUCUGCUUCAAUUAAAUCAUUCUCUAUUUAUCUGUCAGAAAGGAGCCUCUUUACUCGCUUUCCUCAUACCCUGGUGCAGCGCGUAUUAUCUAGACGUCGUGUCAACAACUUCCCUCCGCGCGCUCUUCGUUUCUAAAUGAUUGAAUAAUACCUGCAGCGUUAUGUAUGUAGAUUACUCUUUAAAGAGCCCCAAAAUCGCGGCGCUGUGUUAUCUUUGUCAGGCCUGGGGUGACCUGGGGUGUACUUUCGGCAGAGCACGGAGUUUUCCGCCGAGUUAAAACGACGAGGUGUGGUUUAGCUGCUCGAGCUCUUGUCGCCGCAGAGCAUGUUGACGGUUUGAAUGCGCCAGGCAGAGAAUAUUCUGUCAGAGACAGCUCCUCUGCGCUGACAGCACCGAGCACCGAGCGCCGCGCAAUUACACGCAGGUGUUUACCCAUUUAGACGGCCCAAAAGCACUCAUUAGAAUUUGCAGAACUCCAAACUGCACUUGUACCCUGCCAAAAAAAAGAGCUCGCGACUUUCAACACAAACAUGCAACGCUGUAGGACAGAGCCGAAGCCAAAGUCUGAUCAGAAAGUUGUUUAUUAGCCGGCGGACUUUCGGAGGGGACACUCGCAUGCAAACACCGACUUUCCGAGAGACACACUCUCUCGCAGUCUUAUUAUUGUCCGUUUACAAUAGAAAGCUUGUAAUAUGUCAGUUAGCGAAACUCUUUUUAACACCUCGCGCUGCGCUCGUGAAAAUACUUGUGCUUGGAUGACUUGAGACUUUUCUUAACACAUCUCUUAUAAGCUAUGAUGUAAAACUUUGUUGAUUUUCAAUUAAAGUCUUAGGAUUUACUGUGUGCGGUGUGAUCAACAAAUAGCAAACCGUGUAUGUUUAUAUGCGCUCUUGUUAGCAGGCUCUGCUUCGCCGCCCUUAUGUGCUUAAAAGGGGAAGAAAGCAGUAAAGACAUUGUUUUGGUGUCUUUUACAAAAUACUGAAUUUGGUCUGUUAAUGACAAAAAAAGAUUUGCUUGAAUCCUACCAAUGUUUCUGCUCUCACGUGAACAAGAGAACCUAGAGUCUUAACAGUCUGCAUGUCACCAGGAUGCUUCCUGUGGUUAAUUUUUUUUUUUUUUUCAUAAAUUGGGGGGGAUUUUACCUAACGAUUUCUCACUGAUAUACAGUAGUUCCCCCAUCUAUUUGAGUCCUGUUUCAGCUUUGUGAACCGUAUAAAAACUUGCACAUAUGUAACAUGACUUGGUUCUUUAACUCUCUUUGCUGGCUGACACAAGCAAUUACUCGAUUAAUCAUUAGCGAAUGCUUUUUUACAGCUUUUUUCUCUGGUGUGAAUAAUUCCUGUCUAUGCAGAAGGAAGAGCUAAAUAGUUUGGCUUUAUAUGACUAGAAGAGGAAAUUCUGGCUUCUUAAACAAUGUUUGUUACUCAAAUCUUUGUAACUUUAUAGUCUUUUUUUACAGCAGUUGUAUGUGAGAGUGGGUGUGUGUCUGUGCAUGCACGCUUUUCACAGAUUAUUUAGUAGGCCUACUGCUAUUAAAUGUUGUAUUGACAGUUGUUAACUAGCGAUUUCUUUCGAGCAGUUUGCGAACUGCUUUCUACUUGUGUGGAAAAUACUUAUCUGAUUGCUGUUGUGUAGAACCUGUGUAAAUCGGGUUUGUUUGUGUUUUACCGCAUCCAAUUCAAUAAAAAAAAUAUUUGAAAAUCUAUGAAA